CACCCAAGUGAGUCCAAAUUCCAAACUGCCACGUCACCAAUCCAAAACAACACUUCCUCAACUAAAACACCAACCCUUGGAUUACAUCCUUCUAUCCAUUUUUAGCCGUUGAUCCUCAAAUCCAAAACAUUGUAUAAAAAAAAAAACAAUAUAUAAAUUAAAAAAAAACUCCUUUAUCUUUCAUUUUAAUUUAAUUUAAUUUAUUAUCCCUCUUUAAAUCACACUACACUACUUUCUCCAUCUUUCUCAUUUGUUUCACCACUCAUCUCAUCACACAAAAACGUUUCUUUCUCUCUCUAAAUUCUCUUUCAUUUUCUCUCUCUAAAUUGGAGUGAGGGGUGGUGGGGUCUUUCUUUGUCCCUCCCUCAAACAACAACAUCAACCCACCAAAAACAACAACUUACUUCAAUGGCUUCUCACUAUGAUUUCAAUAAACAUCGCUCUAAUCCUCCCUAUCCUGAGUUCUUAUGCGCAGAUGAUUAUUGCUGCCAUAGAUGCAUUAAAUGAGAAAUUGGGUUCAAACAAAACUUCAAUUUCGAAAUUCAUUGAAUCUAAGUACCAGAACCUGCCUGCUGGCCACUCAACACUGCUAAGGCACCACUUGAACAGGAUGAAAGAGACUGGAGAACUUAUUUUUUGGAAGAAUAAUUAUAUGAAGCCUGAUCCCAACUUCAUCCGUCGUGGUCGUGGAAGGCCUCCAAAGCCCAAGGAACCUGGCAUGCCAACAACUCCUGCUGGACCAGCUCGGCCAAGAGGCCGACCCAAGAAGGAUGAAUUUGGUGCUGAUAUUCUUGAUCCUGCUGCUGCUAAUGCUCCCUUGAAGAAGGUGAAAGUCUCUACAUCCAACAGCUUUGAUGCCAACCUUAGUAUUGGAUCAAACGCAAAAUCUGGAAGACCGAGAGGUAGGCCUCCGAAGGUGAAGCCUCAAAUAGGGGGUGCAGGGGUUUCAGCACAAGGAUGAAAAGAAAUAGCAUUAGCUUGUAGCAAAAAUCAGACUUGUAGCAUUUAACCUCCUGGUUUUUUAGGACUUUGUUCAGGUUUGUACGUUGACGUGCUUGUGACCAACCAUUGGUGGUGUUUAGUGUGUGAAGUGGUAAUUUGGGUAGAGAUAAGAUAAAGAGGGGAUUGAGGAGAAGGCUUUGUGUGUGUUUAGGUGUAAUUUAGGUGUACAUUGUGGAAUUUGUUGGUUUGUUUGUUUCUAAUGAUGAUGCUUUGUUCGUGGCUGUUACCUUUGAAAUAAGACAACAUUGAUUCUGAUUCAAGGUGUUUUUACUUGUAUUCUA